AUGGCGCUUUUGCUCCUCUACGGUUUUGUCUCACCGUCUUCCGCCCAAAACGCACAAACGAAGAUUACUUUGCAUCCAAUAUACCGCACAGUCCCUCCACCAGGCGAUUCCUUCCCGCAGGAUGCGGGCCAUAUCCUGGUUGUUUCCUUUGUACUCCUAGCCAUCUCCCUUGCCUUUGUGGCCGUGAGCUUCACUGAGAGCAAAAGAUGGAACAGCACUGUUCCCGCCGCUCUAACGGUUGGAGCUUCUACCUGCGUCCUAGCGGAAGCUAUCAAUUGCUAUCUGUCCAACGUCUACUGGACGACGUCGCACGACUCAAAACAGCUCAUGUUCACCUUGCUCGGUCGCGAGUUCGAUUUGUACGUUGGCAUUAUCUGGUGGUCAUUCGGCUCCGCGCUGAGCUGCUGCAUCUAUGCCGCGUUGAUGCGCAAUGUAAGCACCGGGACGCUAUGGGCGUGCCUGGCUGUAGCUGGUUUGGCUGAUCUUGUGCUGGAAGAAGUUAUGCUCAAUUACGGGGGCAUCUACACGUACUACGGACACCAGCCUCUCGUCAUCUUCGGGCUUUUUCCAUGCUGGUGGCUGUUCGCCAAUGUGGCUGGAAUCUUCAUGGGCAUCUCUGUCACAUAUCGUUACCGCAAUUGGUUCAACGGAUGGAAGAGCAUCUUCCUUAUACCGAUUCUGCCCUUCUGUUACGUGGGACCUCAGGUUUUAGCAGCUCUGCCUACCAUCUACGUUGUCCAGGCAGACCAUUCACCUCUUGUAACUCAAGUUUGCGGCAUCCUUACGGCAUCUAUAUCGGUUAUUGAAGCUGGCGUAAUCAUGGAUACUAUACUUGGGCGAGAUCCUCUACAUUUUGGUCGUGCUGCUCCUAAGGGAAAGUCGGCUUAA